AUGGCCCCGUUCGCGCUGGAAGUGCCAGCGUCUGGCGCGGUUGAUGAGGACGCUGCAGCUUCCGAGAAGGAGAAGCAAAGUGCCGCCGACACUGCCGCCGAUCGUGAGACGGCGCUGAAAGACACCAAGGCCGCCCGUGACUGCUGCCAAGUGCUGGAGGGCGAGUUGCAGAGCCUGCGCGCCAAGCACGCCGAAGAAGUGUGCGGCCACCUGGCAAAGGAGGAGGAGGUGAAGGCCCGGGAGGAUGCCGUCAAGAACCUUGAUGCUGAGCUGGCGGAGCCCUCUCCCCCGAAAUUCCGGAUCCAAACCACCCCUAACCCUAGUUCAAAACUCCUCCCCGCCGCCGGACAUGUCUGCCUCCGCGCCGGAUGCGUCCUCCGCCGCGCCCAGCGAAUCACCGCCCGCCACCUGUCCCGCGCGCCGCCCCGCGCGCUCCCGCCGCCGCCGGCCCGCUCGGCCCGGGGCGGGCCCUCCCGGCCCAUCCGGCCGCGCCGCUGCCCCCUCGGCCUCCCGCUCGCCCGCGCCUCCGAGCGCCGCCGCCGGUCGCCCCGCGCCGCCGCCUCCAGCGCCGACCGCGCCUCCCUCCGCGGCGCCUCAUCGCCGGAUCAGCGCCGCCCCUCGCCUCCUCCGCCGGAUCCCGCGUCCCCGCGCCUCCCCGUCUUCGCCGGAGCACCGCCGGAGCUUGCCGGAGUUCCUCUCCGGUCGAUUCCGGAGAAGAUGGAUGAGAUCCACCCGUCCCCGAUCCAAACGCCCGCGCCCCCGUCCCAGAUCCCGCCGUCCCAUUGA